ACUGUAUUGAAGAUCCAACAAAGGCAUCACAUUGAGAUAGAUUCUUCUCUGAUGCACCGACUCGAGUUCAACAAUGCUUCAUCAAGCCACCAAGUAAUCUAUGUACGGAAAGUACCUCGCUCAUGUCGUCAGGUCCGUUUUACCACGGAACGAGUCGGUAGCAUGUUCUGCCUUGGCUGGUUCCUACGGCUUGGUCUUCGUCGCAGUCGUUGCUGGCAUCGUGUUAAUGGCAGUAGUCUUGGUUGAGGUAGUUUGGUACGAAGCAAUGCUGGUGGAGGUUGCCUUCGCAAAUGUCCCGGUCGAACUCAGCCAGAGGUGGCCACAAGCAAGUCCGGCUUGCUUGACUUGCUUGACUUGAUCCAAAUGCGGUUAGUCACCAAGUCAAGU